CUGAACCACUAGCUCGCCAUCCCUGGAAUGCAAAGUUUACCGAAAGUCGAACGCAAUUGUUUAUUAAUUUAAAGAAAUACCCGUCGGGUAAAAAACAACGAUGAACAACAAGUGCUAAGCAAUUGCCAUCGUAAGCAUACAGACAAACGCGUUGCCAUUAAAAUGGAAAACCACCAAGCGAAAGUGAAUUAGGAAAACAAAACAAAGGUGAUAAAGCAGCACAAGAGAUGGACGCGAAUCCGAUAAACUUCAUUACCGAUCCGCUGGACGAGUCCAUGGAUCUGUUCAAGGCGGAGGACGCCUUCGACAUGAUCAACGAGGUGCUGCACUCGGACAUGCUGGACAGCUUCCUCAACGACAUGGACCUGGAGCCUGCCCAGAUGUACAACAUGCUGCAGAUGGACGAGCCGCGGGCACAUCCCCAGACGCCGCCGUCCGUGGAGCAGCAGCCGCACGUGAAGAGCGAGCACUCCUCGCCGGUGCACAUCAAGGAGGAGCUGCAGCAGCAGCAGCAGCAGCCGCAGCAUUCGCCACUGCUCGUCUACAAGCCGGAUCCCCUGAUGGCCGCCAACUACAAUCUCCCCCAGCAGCAACAGCAGCCCACGGCCACCAUUCACCACAUGGACGCCCAACGGCUGCCGGUUUAUUCCCCCGCUUUGGCCAGCAGCUUUGUCUACCAGUCCACCAUUUCCCCGCCCACGCCGCCGGCAGAGAUGCAACCGAUUGCCGCGGCAGCUGCUCCUCCGGUGGCCCUGCAACAGUCGCAACCCUUUAUCAUGUACACCCAGCCCAUGGCCACGAGUCCUGGGAUGAUGACUCCAGCCGCAACCGUUCCCGUGCUGUUGGAAUCCCCGACAACGACGACGACGACUUCUGUGGCCAGUCCGAAGACCUCGCCACCUGUAGCUCCACCGCCGAGCAGCGGAGGCAGCCGGGCCAGCAAGGUGCGAGUGGCACCCUCCCUGGCACCCUCUCCCGCCGCCAUGGAGAUCCAGGGCAAGGUGCCCAUCAACCGGGUGCAGCCCAAGGUGAAGGAGGUGAAGCGCUCGGCGCACAAUGCCAUCGAGCGACGCUACCGCACCUCCAUCAACGACAAGAUCAACGAGCUGAAGAACCUGGUGGUGGGCGAACAGGCCAAGCUGAACAAAUCCGCAGUGCUGCGAAAGUCCAUUGACAAGAUUCGGGAUCUGCAGCGCCAGACGCACGAUCUAAAGGCGGAACUGCAGCGUUUGCAGCGCGAGCUGAUGGCCCGCGAUGGGUCCAAGGUGAAGGAUCUGCUGCAGCUGGGCAGCAGCCGGCCGGGAAGAGCCUCUAAGAAGCGUCGCGAGAGCUCGCUGACCUCCACCACGGAUGCGGGAUUGACGCCGCCGCGCAGCGAUGUAUCGGAUCCCUCGCUCUCGCCCAUGCACUCGGACAUCUCGUUGCCGCCGUCGCCCUAUGGCGGAUCCACCGCCAGCUGCAGCAGCGGCAGCAGCAGCAAUGAGGAUGUGCUGGUGGUGCCCAGCUCCAUGCGGGGAAUGGCCACCCACUCUAGGCUGGGGCUCUGCAUGUUUAUGUUCGCCAUCCUCGCCGUCAAUCCCUUCAAGACGUUCCUCCAGCGCAGCGGACAGUAUGGUAGUAAUGAUGACAUUGGCGAACUGAGCGGUCAAAGACGCAUUCUCUCUUACGACGUGGAUGGGGCUGAAGGCUUUGGCUGGCAACAAAGCACUUGGAUAUGGCUUUUGAACUUGACCCUGAUGUUGGGCUGCCUGGUGAAGCUGCUGGUGUACGGCGAUCCGCAGCUGGAUGCUCAGACGGACGCUUAUUGGCAGCACAAGCAGCGUGCCGAGAACCACUUUGCCCAGGGACAGUCGGCGCAGGCCUACGCCGGCUACCUCAACUGUUUGCACAUGUUUGGACUAAGUCUGCCGGCGACGCGAUUGGAGUGCUAUCUGCAGACCACCUGGCAGUUCCUGCGCUUCCUCUUCCAUCGCCUCUGGCUGGGCCGCGUGUUGUCACGUCGCACUGGCGGGCUGUUCAGCAAUGCCGCUGGCAGGAAACAGGCGCUGGCCUCGGCACGCGAGCUGGCGCUGUUGUUCAAUCGAUUGAAUCAACUCCAGCUGACCGGAAACGGAAGUCGCGGCGAUGGGAAUGGCAUUAUGAUGGCCCUGUUCGCCAGCAACAUGGCCGAAGUGGCCCACAAUCUGCUGACGCCGCGCGAGACCAUCUGCAUCCAUGUGAUGACGGCGCUGCGAAUGAAGCGUAGUGCUCCCAAGUGGCUGCAGCAGCUUUUCGCACGAUACUACAUGAGUCGGGCGCGCCAAGAAUGCGGUCGCACGCGGGCUGCCGAGCAAACGCAGGAGUUGCGGUGGGCCUUCAGCGCCUACGGAUAUCGCUAUUGCAGCACGCACGUCUUUAGCUACGAUUUGAAGGACUCUGGCGAGCAGGAUGGCUUCUUUACACGUUUGAGGAAUCCCUGUGAUCCCACCGCCCACGUCAUAAAGCAAUACCGCGAACAUCUGCUGUUCAAGGCCAUUCAGUGCUUGGUGGGCGCGGGCCACAAGUCGGCUGGUCUGCCCACUUCUUCAGCGGUCGGAGAGACGGAUCAAUUGCAGCAACAGCAGCACAGCGGGACUAUCGUCAGCAAUGUUCUCAAGUACACCUCGCUCUUGAGGGACACACUGUGGGCCGAUGAGGAUGAGCGCGACACGAAUGUGGUGUGGUGGGCGAAUAUCCUGGAGAUCGCAGUGCACUGGCUCCUUGGCGAGGAUACGCUGGCCGAGCAGUUGUACGACAGCAUCAAGCAGAUGCCUGCACAGCUUGAGCAGUGCGGCGAAAACGAUCAUCUGCCCAGGGCACUGCAUUCGGUACUUCGAGCCAAGAUGAUUCUACUAAUGAACAAUGGAAACGCUCUGGACAAAGGCCUAAAGCACUCGGUCAACGUCUUGUGCGACGAGUCCAGUGUGCAGCUGCAGGAAUGUCUGACCGUCAAUAGGAUCACCAAUGCCAAGGGCAUAAAGCUGCUUUUCCAAUUGCUCACCUGCGAUUGGCUGCUUGAAACUCGCACCUCUUUGUGGGAACUUGAGCACAUGAAUAUGGAAGAUGAUGGCUUCUACCAAGUGCCCGGCGAAGUGCUCGAGAAGUUCCAGACGGAUUUGAAUUCGUUGCGCAGCAUUGUGGAGAACAUACCGAACGCCCAGUCUCGGAUAUAUUUGUACGAAGCUGUUUGUCGCCUGAUGGCCGGAGCCUCGCCGUGUCCAACGCAACAGCUUUUGGACAGGAGUCUGCGAUCGCGUUACGCCCACUCGUCCAUCUUCUGCGGCAGCAAGGAUCGGCGCCACCAGAAUUUCGAGGGAGGAGAAAGGGAGCGCUCCAUGGCCAUGUACGUGGCCUGCAAGUAUCUGCCGCCCGCGCUGCUCAGCUCCCCGGGUGAACGUGCUGGCAUGCUGGCCGAGGCCGCCAAGACGCUGGAAAAGGUGGGCGACAAGCGGAAGCUGAAGGAAUGCUACCAGCUGAUGAAGUCACUGGGCAACGGCAUAGGCAGCGUUAAGGCUUGAGAUAGAUUACCCUAAGUAAAUAUAUCCCGGGAUGGAAUUGCCCUAAUCUAGGCCUCUUUAUUUCACGCUUUUCCUCUGAUUUCCCGCCCCCGUCAUGCUUAGAUUGCAAUUCAAAACUAAUUAAGUAAAUUAAAGUAAGUAAAGGUUAAACAUAUUUAUAUCAAUAAAUAUUUCAACAGAUUAA